GAGAUCAUCAUCAUCAUCAUCAUCAUCAUCAUCACUCUUGCAUAUUAAACCGGAUGUGCCAAUUAUGACGAAGGUAGCCGGCCUCUUUCAGCCUUUAAAAGCAACCAGAGUCCAAAGUUAGGCGGGAUUAUCACAGAGACCCAAUCCAUGAUCUACAAGACGAUGUCGUUAAUACUUUCAUUUAUUCUGCUAACUUGUGCCUUGACGCCGAGUAUUAGCCAAACCACUUGCAGAGGACGGUGCGGUAUCGAGUACUACAGAGGGUACCUGUGUCAGUGCGACUACGGAUGCAUGGCCUACGGAGAAUGCUGCCUUGACUUUGAAGCUCAGUGCACCACAAAAAACUCCUGUAGAGGUCGAUGCGGGGAAACGUUCAAGAGAGGCCAAGUGUGUAGCUGCGACUCUGAUUGUGUUAAAUACAAGCAGUGCUGCCCAGAUUACAAGAUCCACUGUGAUGAAGAAGAUCAAACUCCGCCACCUUUGACAGACAUCGAGGGAACCGAUGAAGAUAAUUAUGAAGUUCCACCGGUGACUCCAACAUCCAAUCCGCAAGAUGAUCCAAAUAAUGAUGUACCCACAGAAGCCACACCAGAUGAUGGAUUCUCCAACACUGAGGCUCCAGGGGAACAUCAGACCCCACCAGAGAGCGGGGAUGUCACCACUCCGGAGGCAGUUACAUUGGUUUCUUCAACAGCGGCCACUCCCUCGGAGAACAAAGCAACCGAGGUCAAGUCAAGAACCAUUGACGUGCCCGAGGAGGUCACAUCUACCGAGGGUGCAGUUUCUGCACUUCCAGAUGUCAAUGAUGCUACCACUUUACCAGACACUGGAGCAACAUCUCCGCAAGCCACCGCACCGGUUGAGCAGGCCUCCACCCAACCAACGACCACCUUGGAAAACCAACCAGAACCAACCAGAACGUCCCUGGCACAGACUGUUGGUCCAACUGAAGGUGCCUCUGAAAAAACUGAUGUUACACCCUCAUUUUCCGCCACAACUUCUGAACCCUCACCAGACUCAACAACUUCAGUAGCAACACCAGAUCCCUCAAAGGACUCCUCUACGUCUUCGGUACCACCGGAACCAUCACAAGAUUCUUCAGCAUCCCCAACACCACAAGAACCCCCAGAAGAAUCCUCGACGGCAGUACCGCCGGAACCCUCACAAGACUCCUCUGCAUCUUCAGUAUCAACAGAACCCCCUACAACACCAGUACCAGCGGAACCCUCACAGGAUUCUUCAGCAUCCCCAACACCACAAGAACCGCCGCAAGAAUCCUCCACGCCAGUACCGCCAGAACCGUCACAAGACUCCUCUACAUCUUCAGUACCACCAGAAGUCCCGCAAGAAUCCUCUACAACUCCAGUACCACCAGAAGCCUCACAAGAUUCUUCAGCAUCCCCAACACCAGAAGAACCCCCACAAGAAUCCUCCACGCCAGUACCGCCAGAACCCUCACAGGACUCCUCUGAAUCUUCAGUAUCAACAGAACCCCCUACAACACCAGUACCACCGGAACCCUCACAGGACUCCUCUGAAUCUUCAGUAUCAACAGAACCCCCUACAACACCAGUACCACCGGAACCCUCACAGGAUUCUUCAGCGUCCCCAACACCACAAGAACCCCCACAAGAACCCGAACAAGACUCCUCUAAAUCUUUAGUAUACACAGAACCCCCAGAAGAAUCCUCUACAACACCAGUACCACCAGAACCCUCACAAGAUUCUUCAGCAUCCCCGACGCCAGAACCCUCACAAGAACCCACUACAACUCCGGUACCAACAGAAGCCUCCCCAGACGUCUCCACCAAUUCUGCACCCCAAGAACCCACACCAGAGUCCCCUGAUGCAGUUUCAACUUCAGUGCCUUCAGAACCCACUACAGAGUCCUCCAGAGAUGCAGAAAGCUCCGAUGCCACCGUCCCUGAUUUAACAACAACUGUCCCUCCAUCAAUCCAGACCACGUUAAGUCCAACAGACCCUUCCUCUCCACUAGACCUACAGAAUCCCACCACUACUGUUUCUCCAGUGGUUCCGGACCUUGAUGCUAUAACGACAGUCGGUCCCUUGGCCACAGGUGCACCGCAGGGCGAUUCUACAACGGUUGAUCCACUAGAAUCGACACAGAAACCAACCAGCCCCGAGUCAUCUGAACCAACCCCGAAACCUGAACAUAAACCCAACUCUUCCAAUUCACAGAAAAGCACAGCUCCUGUGGAUAAACCGACUCCGAAACCCGGUACUCUGGAUGAUUCCAUGAACUACCAAGGAGAUGACAGCAAUGACACCAACUUAUGCAGCGGGCGGCCGGCCAGUGCAAUCACUACACUGAGGAACGGAACAAUUGCGGUGUUCAGAGGUCACUACUUCUGGUUUUUGGACCAAAACAGGGUGCCGGGUCCUGCUCGUGGUAUCACACAAACCUGGGGUGUCCCGUCCCCAAUUGAUACCGUGUUUACCCGUUGCAACUGUCAUGGUAAAACGUACAUCAUGAAGGGAAACCAGUACUGGAGAUUUGAGAACGACCAUUUGGACCAAGGCUAUCCCAAGGCUGUGGAGACGGGUUUUGAUGGACUUCGGGGCCACGUCACAGCUGCUCUGUCUGUGCCCGAGUACCGCAGGAGGACAGAAUCGGUCUAUUUCUUCAAGAGAGGUGGAUUGGUCCAGAAAUAUUCAUAUCGGCCUGGCAGCAGUAGUUCAUGUAACAAGAAACCACAGUUUGCCAUUUACACAGUCCGCCGCCGAGUAGUUCGGCAAGCAGCAUCUCUUUUAGGGCCAACAAUUAAUAUCAGGAUGUCUUGGCGAGGGUUCCCAACGACCGUCACCUCUGCCGUGUCCGUCCCGACGAACAGAGAACCUGAAGGAUACAAAUACUACGUCUUCUCUAGAUCUAAAUCGUACAACAUCAGGAUGGACACCGACCGACCCGUUAUCACUUCCCCAAGAGGAAACCCUUCCUCUCAGAACAACUUCAUCAAAUGUCCAAAGACCCUCUAAAGAACGGCGACGCAUCGCUUCAAGAAGUUAACCUUAACAUUGUAAUAGUUGACAACUUUUAAUAACAUUUAUUAAAAUAACACAUCACUUCAGUAUGGACUGUGAAAACAUAUCCUUUGUAUUUGUAUGAUUUUAAAAAAAUGCUAACCCCGGGAAUGACAGAAGUUCUGUCAGGGACGUUUCCCAUCGUUGAAGCUUCAUCUGGCGAUACGUCUGCCAUGGACCCCCCGUGAAGGAAAUGCUUGGCCUGUUGGGAGUAUAUACAUCGGUGGGUGUAAUCAUUUAGUACAGUGGCUGUAAAUAAUGUGCAUUACUGUUCUGAAAAUUAAUAAGCAUAUAAUAGAAAGAUUUGUUUUUGUAAAAUCAUUCUGUAACUUUACAUUUGAUUUGAAAUAAAAGAUGGUUAUAUUGUAAA